AUGGCGCUGCUUGGGUCGAAUGCCUCCCCAUCAGGAGACGGGGCUCUUCAGCCCCGUCUGUCAACUCUUUCAACAAUGGCCAUGGCCUUUGCCAUUCUCAACACCUGGAUUGCGCUUGCUGGCUCAAUAGGUCUUGUCCUGCCGUCUGGUAGUUCUGUUGCACUAUUGUACGGUUUCAUCUUCUGCGUCCUAUGCUGUUUUUGCGUGGCCGCAAGUCUUGGGGAGCUCAGCUCUAUCUGGCCGACGGCUGGAGGGCAGUACCACUUUGUGUACGCUCUUUGCACAGAAAGAUGGAGAAAGCCAAUGAGCUUUGUAGUCGGAUGGGCCAAUAUUGUUGGUUGGCUUGUCGUGGUGACUGUUCAGGACUACUUUGGCUUAUAUUGGUCCAUCUUCGGCGUUGUCAUCAUCAGCAUUGUUCUACUCUCCAUGUCAGACAAGACUAGCGCAGAGUUUGUCUUUACAAACUUCAACAACGAGACUGGCUGGCCCGAUGGAAUGGCCUGGAUCUUGGGUCUACUUCAGUCUGCUCUCUCUCUUAUUGCAUUCGACGUUGUGUUGCAUAUGACAGAAGAGAUGCCGAACCCGUCCAGGGAUGCCCCUCGAGCAAUGCUGUACUCCAUUGUUAUUGGAGGUGUCACUGGCUUUGCCUUCAUUCUUGUUAUGCUCUUCUGUCUUGUCGACCCCGAAACCAUCCUCGCUACUCCAACCGGUAUGCCCAUCGUCGAGCUCAUUCUCCAAGCAACAAAGAGCCGGGCUGCUGCCACCAUUCUCAGUCUGAUGCUCAGCGUGUGCUUCAUCAACGGCACGAAUGCUAGCAUUACCAGUGUCAGCAGAUUGCUUUACGCCAUGGCUCGCGAUCGCGGCAUCGUCUUUCACAAUUACUUUGCUCACAUCCAGUCGGGUUUAAACGUGCCAGUACGGACCAUCAUGUUCUGCUUUGUCUUCAAUAUCCUCUUCGGUCUCCUAUAUCUGGGACCAGUGGUUGCUUUCAGCGCAUACGUGGCGUCUUGCACCAUCUUCUUGAACAUGUCUUAUUCGGUCCCAAUCUUGGUCCUCCUCGUCCGUGGAAGGAAGGUGCUUGCCAACUACCAGUCUGCAAAGACCCCCUUUAAAAUGGGAAAGAUAUUUGGCUUGAUCGUGAACAUUAUCGCUGCACUCUAUGUUGUUGUUACUUCAGUGUUUUUCUGCUUCCCUACGUUUCUUCCGGUCACUGGAGACAACAUGAACUAUGUAUGCGUUGUCAUCGGCAUUUUUGCCAUGGUCGUUGGGGUUUAUUGGAUUUUCUUUGGAAAGAACUUUUUGGGCCCUCAAGAUUUGAUCGUGGCGGAAUUUGACGGUGUUGUUGGUUGCCCUGUUUCCACGCAGAACUCAGGUGAAGAGGACAAGGCCGAAAAGGGGUCCCACAGAGAACUCAAGUGA